ACAGCUGACGGAGAGAGAGAGAAAAAGGAAAAGAGAGAUACAGUGUGUAAGGAGUUGACCCAUUGCAGCCAUAUUGGCUCUGACCGAAGGCGGUAACACGCUGCGAGGAUUAUACUUUCGAAGGGAUUUACGAUGGAGAAUAAUAAAAACCGCUCUAUAUUCCCGUGCGCAUUAUCGUCUGAAUACGAGAUAGAAUUAUCGGACAAAUCACGUCGUGACGAGAUAGUCGAUAUGCUGAUAGAGAAUUUCCUGCACGACGAGACGCUUGUAAAAAGUAUGCGAGAUAUGUACGGUGUGAAAAAGCACGAGGGUGAUAAAUCGUCUCUAGAGGUUAGAACAACGGACUAUGAAGAAGAAGAAGAAGAAAAAGAAGAAGAAUGGUCGAAGGUCGAUAAGGACGAGCGAAUUUUGAUGGAAACCGUCGUCGACGCGGGAACUGUUUUAACGGCGGUUCACAAGCCGACGAACCGAAUAUCCGGGGCGAUAGUCGUCCUGGUUCACGAUCGAAAUCUUGUAGGAAAAAAUUCCGACGAUCGAUACGACGGCAAACUGCGAUCCAGGACGAUAAGUGAGUUCGCCAAUCUCAUGGGGAUCAUCGACAAAUCCUUGGAUCUCUUCGCCGCGCAUCCGGAAUGCCGGAUUUGGGCCGAAUUCGAACUCGUUGGAAUUCGGCGUGCCGAUCGGCGCCGCGGUCUUGGUUUCGAUCUCUGCGCAGCCGCCCUUAACCACGUGAUUAAAACGAUGCCGGAAGUCGAUCUAGUCGCGGGGAAAUACACGUCCAACUACAGCAAAAUCAUCGCAAGGAAAAUCGGCAAAAUAAACGUCGCCGAUUUUGACGUGACGCGGCUCGCCGAUCGAGAGGGUCGUCCAGUUUUUCAGGACACAAAACCGCACAAUGUAGUUUCCCUAAUGACAAUUAAAUUGCGGUAAAUUUGCUA